AUGUUAUAUCCGUCAACCAUUUUUGGUGUGUCACCGAAACUUUUGCACUUUGAAGUACUUUACAACCACAUAUCUAGCGCCACUAUGAUUAGACUUAUAUCGCCGCGAAUGGGUAUACCCAGGCUUAAUAUAAGCCUGUUGCUUGUACAACCUGGUCCCCUACGCUACAGAUACGGCAUUGGCCAUUAUGUCAAAAAAUCAUAUGCAACCUCAUCUGGAGCAACAGCAACUUUUACCAAACCCAAAACUAGCAGAUCCAAUAAGUUUUACAAGUAUUUUGCAUUUGGUAUUGGGAUAGGCAUAGGUGGAUCUGCAUUAUAUUAUACAAGUGACAAGUUUAGACAUAUGGUAUUAACCGCGGAUCGCGUUGGUGUUGUUACUGUUGCCGUGGUUCGUUGUUUUGCAUUAUACAAAGAGACACUAGGGAGAGAGUACGAUUCUGCAUCUGCAAGGCACGAUGCUUUAUCAAAAACCCACAAAAGGGCAGCCGAAAUUACUUUGAAAGCUUUGGAGAAAAAUGGAGGUAUAUAUAUCAAAUUGGGGCAACACAUAACGGCAUUGACCUAUUUAUUACCCCGUGAAUGGACAGACACAAUGAUUCCGUUACAGGACAAAUGUCCUAGAUCUUCUAUGGAAGAAAUUGAAAAAUUAUUUGAGACUGAUUUAGGAGUCAGGCUUGAUGAAAUGUUUAUCGAAUUUGAUCCGAACCCUGUGGGAGUUGCAAGCUUGGCCCAAGUGCAUAUAGCCAGGUUACGCAAGAAUGGACAAAAAGUCGCUGUUAAGAUACAACAUCCUAGUUUGAAAGAGUUUGUACCUUUAGAUGUUAAGUUGACCAAGUUGGUGUUUGAUUUGAUGUACAAAGUGUUUCCCGAGUAUCCACUUACCUGGUUAGGGGAUGAGAUGCAAAAUUCGAUUUUUGUUGAACUUGAUUUUACCAAAGAGGCAGCAAAUGCAGAAAGAACAGCCAAACAUUUCAAGGAUUUCUCUUAUUUGAAAAUUCCGAAUGUUUUAGAGGCAGAGAAGAGAAUUUUGAUUAUGGAAUACGUUGCCGGAUCAAGAUUGGAUAAUUUCGAAUACUACCAAGAUCACGACAUAGACACUUCAAAAGUCAGUGCUUGUUUGACGCAUAUAUUCAAUGAAAUGAUUUUCCGGCCUGACGUUGGCUUACAUUGUGACCCUCAUGGUGGUAACUUGGCCAUAAAGAGUGUUGAACCUAGUAAUGGUUACAAUUUUGAAAUUAUUCUCUAUGAUCAUGGUUUAUACAGGGAUAUUCCAUUGCAAAUGAAACGUGAUUAUGCUCACUUUUGGUUAGCUGUUUUGGACAAUGAUAUACCGGGAAUGAAAAAGUACGCAAAAGUAUUUGCUGGUGUUGAAGGGGAACAGAAAUUUAAAAUAUUUGUAAGUGCAAUUACAGGUAGAGCUCCCGAUGCUGUAUUGAAUAAAGAGAUCAAGUCUAGGAGAUCAAAGGCGGAGAUUGAAGAAAUUCAAUCACAAAUCAACAAUCAUGAUCUGGGUGUGUUGGAGGAUCUAAUGGAUAUAUUGUCAAAUAUGCCAAGAAUGAUUUUAUUGAUUUUGAAGACUAACGAUUUAACUAGAAAUUUAGAUGAGAGUUUGCAAUCAGACCUAGGUCCUGAACGUACCUUUUUGAUUAUGGCUAAUUAUUGUGCUCGUACAAUCUACGAAGAAGGGAUUGAUAUAAUUAACCUCCACUGCAAAGGAAUCACCUGGGCGUUCAAGAGAUUCAUAAAUUGGUUUGAUUAUCACAAACGAUUGACUACCUUGUAUAUAUACGAUCUUGUAUUGAAGUUUGAGAAUGCAAGAAAUUGA